GCCGCCAUGGCCCGGCCGCUGGUGCCCAGCUCGCAGAAGGCGCUGCUGCUCGAGCUCAAGGGGCUGCAGGAGGAGCCGGUGGAGGGCUUCCGGGUGACCCUGGUGGACGAGGGCGACCUGUACAACUGGGAGGUGGCCAUCUUCGGGCCUCCCAACACCUACUACGAGGGCGGCUACUUCAAGGCCCGCCUCAAGUUCCCCAUCGACUACCCGUACUCGCCCCCGGCAUUCCGAUUCCUGACCAAGAUGUGGCACCCGAACAUCUAUGAGACAGGGGACGUGUGCAUCUCCAUCCUGCACCCCCCAGUCGAUGACCCUCAGAGUGGGGAGCUGCCCUCAGAGCGGUGGAACCCCACCCAGAAUGUCAGGACCAUCCUCCUGAGCGUGAUCUCCCUCCUCAACGAGCCCAACACCUUCUCGCCAGCCAACGUGGACGCCUCCGUGAUGUACAGGAAGUGGAAGGAGAGCAAGGGGAAGGACCGCGAGUACACUGACAUCAUCCGGAAGCAGGUCCUGGGGACCAAGGUGGACGCGGAGCGAGAUGGCGUGACGGUCCCGACCACGCUGGCUGAGUACUGCGUGAAGACCAAGGCCCCGGCGCCCGACGAGGGCUCGGACCUCUUCUAUGAUGACUACUACGAGGAGGGUGAGGUGGAGGAGGGCGCCGACAGCUGCUUCGGGGAGGACGAGGACGACUCGGGCACCGAGGAGUCCUGACCCUGCCACCCGCCUGCCGGCCCACCUGCCCAAAUAAACUUACAGAUUUUACCUCACGGACGGGACUGUGUGGCCGCGGCCGCCCGCCCAAGACUCUACCUCACAGAGGUCUUUGCGUUCCUGGUGGUUCUGCUCCGGGUCCUCCCUCCCCGGUGUGUGUUCUGGGGUUUCCGUUAGGGAGGAGUGGUGGGGUCACCGGGGUCAGGAAGGGCAGUCGGGGCUAUGGUGCGAGGUUGGGAAACCCGGAUCCUGCUCAGAGGACGCUCAGCUGGGGAACUGCCUGCGGCAGGAGGGGCCUGGGGGGGCCUGGGGUGGAGGGAUGAUGGGCAUCCAGGGACUUGGGGGUGUGGUCCUGCCACCUAACCUGGACCCGCGGCCUUCCUGGCACGUGAGUGGACGGGUGCCCUUGGGCGCCGCUUCUCUCUGCUUUGGUUUGUUUGGAAUUUCAAUAAAACGACUUUAUGAGAAACCAGCAGACUCUCCUUGGCCUCCACCAGGACGGGGACGCUGGAGUCGCCUGCCCGACACUCUUGUUGCUUUGCCACCCUCACCAGCGGGACAGAUGGGGGUGU